CACAGCAGCGUUUGCUCGUCAGUACAACAGUAUCAACAUGGCAGCUUUUUGAGUUUGGGAAGAGGGAACCUGGUGUAAACAAACACAAUUUUUCGGUUCUACACAUAGCGUCAGUGUCUGCGUGUUUGUGUCCACGACUGGUUGGACCGUAGAGGGAAAAUGUCAAGUGACGGGAAUAAAAAACAGUUCUGGAAAAGAAACGCAGCGAAGGUUCCUGGCAGCAUUCAGCAUGUGUAUGGCGCACAGCAUCCACCUUUCGAUCCACUUCUUCAUGCUAACUUGAUUAAAGCAGGAAACAAGCCUCCUCCAGCUACACCAAACAAACCCAAGAAAGCUACCACCUUCCAGGAGUUCGAGAGCAUCACAAGCGAUGCAUGGGAUGUUGGGGACGACGAUGAUGAGUUGCUGGCUAUGGCUGCACAGAACCUUAAUAUUGAGGUGGUCAUGGAAACAGCCAACAAGGUGAUUGAAAAUCACAGCAAGCAGCAGGAGAGACAGAGGCUGGAUGACACAACAGAGCUGGAGAACAGGGAAGAGGACACUCAGGAAGAGGUAGCGGACGAGGAGGCAGAUGAGGAGGCAGAUGAGGAGGAGGAGGUGGAGGAGGAGGAGAAUGGAGAAGAGGAGGAGGAGGAUGAGGAGAACAGGCUGGGGGAGGGACACCUGAACAGCCCUGAGGUGCCAUUUGCCUCCCAAAUCAACCCUUACACUGAUGGCCGCCUGGUGAAGUCCCACAGCGAAGCUCCAAUCGGGUCACCUAAAGAUGCAGCAGGUGAGCACGCAGCUCUUCACAGACAACGGUCUUUGCCCCACCAACGGCCCCCUGUCAUCCCGCUUGUGGCUCGCAUGGCUGACCAGAACACAUCGGGCACCCCGGCCAUGACUGAAAGGGAAGCAUCCCGCCUGGAUAAGUUCAAACAGUUGUUAGCUGGGCCCAACACAGAUCUGGAGGAGCUACGGAAACUCAGCUGGUCCGGAAUCCCAAGACAGGUCCGACCAAUAACAUGGAAGCUCCUUUCAGGUUACCUACCAGCUAAUGCAGAGAGACGGGAGAGCGUCCUUCAGAGGAAGAGAGAAGAAUAUUUUGGCUUCAUCCAGCAAUACUAUGACUCCCGCAAUGAUGAACACCAUCAGGACACAUAUAGACAGAUCCUCAUAGACAUUCCUAGGAUGAGUCCUGAGUCUUUGGUGCUGCAGCCAAAGGUGACAGAGAUUCACAUUGACAUACCGAGAACUAAUCCCCUUAUUCCUCUCUUUCAACAAGCUUCUGUCCAAGAGAUUUUUGAACGCAUCCUGUUUAUCUGGGCCAUCCGCCACCCAGCCAGUGGCUACGUGCAGGGCAUCAAUGAUCUGGUCACGCCGUUCUUUGUCGUCUACGUCUUUGAAUAUAUUGAGGAGGAAGUGGAAAACUUUGACGUGUCCAGUCUCCAGGAAGAGGCUCUGAGGAACAUUGAGGCUGACAGCUUCUGGUGCAUGAGUAAACUGCUGGAUGGCAUCCAGGACAACUACACAUUUGCCCAGCCGGGUAUUCAGAGGAAAGUCAAGGCUCUGGAGGAGUUGGUCAGCAGAAUUGAUGAGAAUGUACAUCGUCACAUGCAACAGUAUGAGGUAGAAUACCUGCAGUUUGCCUUCCGUUGGAUGAACAACCUCCUGAUGAGGGAGCUGCCACUACGCUGCACGAUCAGACUGUGGGACACCUACCAGGCUGAACCGGAGGGCUUCUCACAUUUCCACCUUUAUGUGUGUGCCGCCUUUCUGGUGAGGUGGAGGAAAGAGAUUCUGGAGGAGAGGGAUUUUCAGGGAUUGAUGAUCCUCCUGCAGAACCUUCCAACAAUGCACUGGGGAAACGAGGAAGUGAGCGUACUGCUAGCUGAAGCCUACAGGUUAAAGUUUGCCUUCGCUGAUGCUCCCAACCAUUACAAGAGAUGAUCAACGUAGCUCUCUGCAGCUGCUCCCCUCUCCUUAUACUCCACCUUACCCUGCCCUGCUGACGUCUACUGAACUUUGGAGGCACAGUCCGUACCUGGAAGGACCUCUCCUGUUUUUUUAACCUCCCUUUCCUCUCGACGGCCUUUUGGCCUUUCAGCUAUUUAGAGGUUUGAAUCAACCAAUGACUGAGAGGGGAUGUGGUGUAGCAUUCUAACAUGAUGAUGUUGAGCCUUUUUUUUAAUCAUUUUUCUUUGAUCGCCGCUGAAAUUUGCACUCCAUCAGAUCAAUACAUGGCCCCUGUUUGAAAUCCACCUCAAAAUAGAACCCGCAGCUUGUUUCAGGACCACGAGCUGUUGCUCCUGCUCAGCGCUGCCAGGGGUUUAGUUUGACUCAUAAAGGUGUUCCUCUCUGCUGUUUUUUUAUUUCCAGUACCACGCCAAUUCAUUUCUUUUUCACAGAGGCAAGGGUGUUUCCUUUUGUCUGUUUGAAAAGACAAAGACAGACAGCAAAACGGCACUGUGUUAAAUGGUUUAUAUUGUAGAACCUUCUCGCCUGCAUUUCUUUUUCUCCCCUCUCCUGCUUUCUUUGCUUUCUCUCCUUUGUGCCGACAGGAAACUAGGACUUCAAAGAGAGAUUGUCUGUGACAGGAGGCAGGUCGCCCCUCUUUCCACAAAACCCCACACACCAACUCAACCACUCCCAUUUAGUUUGUCCUUCCACCCAAGCAGCGACAUUACCGCGUUCAAGUGAAAGCUGCACUUGAGGAGGGUCACAUUGGCAUAACACAGAACAGAAGGCAGGAAGAGCCCGUUCUUUCCUGACAGAAGACAUGACUACCUCAGAAAACACAUUAACACACAAGAGAGAGAACUUGUCCACCCAGUGAGGCAUACACAUACCAAAUAUGCACCAAUACAUUCGCCAUUUAAAUCACAAACUGACUCAUCUUCAUGAUAGAACAUUUUAACAUUCAGAGAAAAAAGGAGUUUUGCUUUAAAAAUAAAGUUUAAAAGGAACUUGCCUUGGCCUUGAUAAAGGUAGAGAUAGUUUAUCUCUGUUUUUUCCAAUCCUUUCUACACUCUCUGUCCUUAGGGCCUGACUUUCCCACAAAACAAGCAUCAAAACAGCAUAGAAAGUGGCAUUAUAUUAAGUAGAUGUAGUUAGGAACAGCUUAGAAAGAACAUUUUAGAAAGAAUAGGAUUCAUCACCCCUUCAUUUUAUCGUCGAGGCCUUUAUUGUUGUUUAUUUUUUUUGCCUUUUAACGUAAAAAGCAACAGGUAUAUUGAAGUUUUGUGGUCUCUAUUUCAUCUUCAAUAAGUAGUCAUGCUUGCUCUAUAUUGGUUCUGCUAAUUGAAUCAUAUGUAAACAACAGCAAAAUUCAAAACAGUCUUCUAUACUAAUUAAAGGUAGUCUGAUAAACCUCUGUAUAUAGCUUACCAGCCUACCAUCACAAUCAUGGCUUCAGAUGUUGUAGGAAAUGCAUCGUUGCUGUAUUUCCCCCUCAAAUAGAAGAUGAUAAAGCAGAUCUGAAAUUCUUAUAAAUGUGGCUUAAACUUCUAGACUUAGUAUUUUUGCACUUGCUGGACAUAACUGAACAACAACAGACAGCCUUAUUAUUCAUGACCCCCUUUUUAAUACUUUACAGGGUCCCCCUCCUUUGUUUUGUUCCCACCUUUGUUUCAUACAUUACUCUUUACAUGUGGAGCACAUGUGAAGUCUAACCCAAAGACAUUCAUUAAUCAGACAUUCAUGACAUCACUCAAAGUUUGGAGCCUCCUGUCGUGACUCUGCCAGAAUCUAUUAUUGUCACCCCGGUCCAAAAAGAUGGUGUGCGUAGGUGUGUGAAGGGGAGAUGGAAGGAGAGAGAGAGAGAAGGGGGUUGUGUUGCUCUGGUUGUUUCAGUGUUGAGCUGUCAGUCUUUGAUCAGGCAUUGGGACUUUUUUUCCUUGAAUGCAAUUUGGAUCAGUUUCACACGCCCCCAAAUCUUCUCUGCUCCCUGAGAAGGAAACAUGGGAUUAAUUUAAAACAAUGCAUGCUUUAACCCUCUCUUUCUCUUUGUCUCUCCAUUUUUUAAAGAUUUGUCUUUUUCUUCUCUUAGUCUUACAUUUUAAGCUCUUCACAUUGCAAACAUUUUAAGUUGUGCCUGACCUUGGAGACACCAGACAACACCUUUGAUAUGCUUUGACCUCAAAGGAAUUGGAAAGGUUUUAUAUAUUUACAAGCAACAGUCUGAUGUUUAGAAUUUUACUCUGAAAAGACAGAAGUUAACUUUUUGUGUACUUCAGUUUUUUGGGGCAUCAUGAGCUAUUUGUGUACUCAUGGUUCUAGCUUGCAAAUUGCUUGUUUUACCCCUCCCCUCCAUAACAAUUGUUAUUGACAGACUAUCCAACCAUAAGCAGUUCCAGCUGGCCGGUCAAGCUUUGAAUUUGCCCACAUAGUGAAGUCAAGGUACGGGGGUUGUGAAAUGAGGGAUAAUGUGAAUCUGAAAUGUUUGGAUUGUGGUGACCAUUUUAAAAAGAGAGGUUAGCCUUCAACUGUAAGCCACAUUUGUUCUGUUUUAUGUCAACCAUGAAGUUUAUGUAGUAGCAGUGGACCUUGUUUUUCAGUGCCAUAGAGGACAUAAUCAGGCAUAACUAAGAGCACAUAUAGUGUGUUGCAAACACAGUGGAAAAAAAUGUGUUUCCCAACUAUAACACUACUGCUUUGAAUUUGAAUGUUGAAGCCUGUCCCGGGUGCUUCAGAGUCAGAGCAUUGAUGUCCUACACUCCAGCAACACCAACCGACUGACCCAAAUAUCAGACAUCGGGUCACCUUCAGAAACUUUCCUUUUUUAACAUUAAAAGUGAAACCAUGUUGUCAAAGACAUUUAAAAAGAGACUUUCCUUAAGGUUGAAGCCAAAGCUUCAUUAGCCAGUCUCUUAUAUUAAACCGUUAAGAGACCAUAAACAGUGAGAUGUCACAUUAAACAGUCAGCCAGACAGUUAACACACUACUACUAGCUUAUGUAGCUUUCUAGCCAUAGCUCAUUACUAAUCAAUCUCUUUCAAAUCACCACUGUUUGAAUUAAAGGACCCAAGUGUUCUGGUUUACUACAUGUGCUAAAAAUGGAAAGCUUGACAGUCACUGUGACAGUAACAAAGGGGGCGGGCAUUUGUCGCUUUAUUGUCCCAUCCAAAGGUCUAGUUUCCAGAAUUUAUGUUGCCUUAUUGUAUACUUUAUUUUUUUUUUGGGGGGGGGGGUGAUGACAAUAAAUGAUGUCAGGAUUUAUUAUGUCCAGACUAGGGAUGCAACAAUUCUCAAUAUCAUAUUGAACCAUUUUGUACUGUAUCCACGGUCCAAUACACGCUUGUGAAUUAUGGUGUUUUUUGGUUUUGCACAUAACUAGCUUGGGUUGGCUUGGUUUGAGUGUGCCUGUGAGUCAAUGUGCUGGGAUGAGGAAACUCACAUCACUGUGCUCUAAAGUUGGGGGAAACUGACAAUACUGGUGUCAGAUUUCAUGCAUUACUUCAACACCGCGAGCUGUGAGGGGAAGGCAGUAAUAUGAUAUAAUAUGGGAGGCAGCGCCAACUUUUAAAUCAGUGGUGUGGCAAACGGUUAACAAAUAAUUGAGUGUCUGCAAAUAUUGUUUUGCACGUGUUGCCUCCACAAAUGGAAACACUUCACCAUCACCCAGCCAUAUUACUGUCUGGAAGCAGGAUAGUUGAGCAGGUGACACCAUCAUCCAAAAAGCAACAUCUCUACCCCACUGAUUUAGGUACACAAAAAACACAAGAAGGACAGUUGGGGUGUUCACUGCCAAGGAUUUGCAGCCAUUAUCAGUGGAUGGUAUGAGUACCUUUGUCACCGUAUGAAAAGGCUCAAUCCAUGUUAUAAGUUUUUCUGCACCGAAGUAAUUCCCAACCUCUAAGAAACAACACACCAUUUUAUUGACAACAAGCUGUCUCAAGCACAGAGCCUUGCUCCCACCACAGAUAGCUCUGACAUAUAGUGAACUGGGAAAUGAAGAGCCGAACAAGUCACUUCCAGCAACAGCAGAUAUUAUAUUAUGCAUAUCAGUUUAUUUAUUUAUUUCAUAUCAUACAAAACCCUGACCAAAAAAACCGAGGUACGUAUUGAACCGUGGGCUAAUCUUCUUGUUGCAUCCCUAGUCAAGAUUGAGAUUGUCUACUUUGUGUUUGAAUGUCUGCGCAUGCAUAUUCCUGUGUCAGGUAAGAGCAAUCAGGGUAGGCUUGAGCUUUCAUUUUUUUGAAAUCACUAGAAAAAGCUUCUCUAUUUUGGCCCUGAUGCCAUCGUGUUAAGCUCCCUUUACCUAGACGAAAAUAUGUUUUCACACUUUGUGUGAAAAGAGAUGGUUUAAUUCACACAUACAAACACUGAACGCCAAGGUGAUAUCUAGCUUGAGGCUCUUUUUUUAUCGUCUCACUCACACCCAGACAAAGUUCAAAUAUUUAUUGGGGCAACGUCAGAAUGCUUUUCUUAAGUUACAUUUUCAGCUGCUUUUAUUUCUUUUCUUUUUUUUCUCUGUACGUCACAGGACACCAAAAUGUAUUUAUGAAAAAAUCAUCCCCUUUUGCCUAAAAAAAAUCUAAUAAUUCUAGAGAGUGUGGGAGUCAUAAAUCUAAUUCUUGAAUAUAAAAAUGUGUACAGAGAAAAUUUUGAAACAAAAAUCUGUAAAUAUAAAGUGUAAAUAAAUCCUAUAUAUGACAAAGUU